CAGGUCCCAAAACAGUGUUUUUCUGGGCACCUAUUAUGAAAUGGGGUUUGGUAUGUGCUGGAAUGGCUGAUAUGACCAGACCAGCAGAAAAGCUCAGUACAGCACAGUCUGCAGUACUGAUGGCCACAGGCCUUAUUUGGUCAAGGUACUCUCUAGUUAUUAUUCCUAAAAACUGGAGUCUGUUUGCUGUGAACUUCUUUGUUGGCUGUGCUGGUGGGUCUCAACUCUUCCGAAUAUGGAGGUACAAUCAGGAACUAAAAGCAAAACAACAAGAGCACCUGCAGCAAAGAGAUGCUUAAUGCGACACGUCAAAUCCAACCACGCACAAACCCUUCCCCAUGGGACCCAGCUUCACUAAUUUUCAUCUUUUUUCCUCUGAGAAAAUGAAAGAGGAAAUUUAAAUGUUUAGAGAGCAAGUGUUUUCUAAGUGCAAAUAACAAAGUAUCUCCAUACAUUUAAAUAAAGUGCAACCUUUUAAAUU